AUGUGUGUGCAUGAGCUGCUGAAUCCUGGCGCAGCCAAGUCUAGAAGCUGUUUUGACAGGCACAGUCCUUUCCAGGGCAUCGAUCGCUCUUCAAAGUCAGCCUUGCAGAAGCAGAGGCCAACGAGACCCGAUGUGCGGUGCCUUUGUCCAAGAACGGAUCCUUCUUGGCACGACUUGGCUGAUGCGACCGCAAACAGCAUCCUCAGAAGCAUCGAGCAAAGUGAGAACGAAGAUUUGCGAAGGGUGGCCGUGGACACCUUGUUAACACUCCUGAUUGGUGGGUGUGUCUUCACUCGAUGUCCGGCUAGCUUCGUGGUGGAGGUAGGUGCUGUGAAAACCUUGUGUGACCUUGCCAACGAGACUGAGGAUGCUUCGACUUUGGAGAUUCUUCUGGAGUUGGUUCGCCUGGCUCCGGAUGCCAUGCUGCCAGACAUCGUGGAACAAGGUGCCGUGCAAGCUUGCGUGAAGAUCCUUGAGAAUUCAGGGUCGAGCCCGAUGGACCAGCUUUCGGCGUUGAACCUUCUCUUGGCAUUGAGCAAAAGAGCUCCCGCACCGGUUGCACAAAGCAGUGCCUAUGAGGUUGUGAAGGACAUCACGAACGUUGCGCUGGUUCCACGAAGGAACAAGAUCAUGAGUUUUCUUCGUCCUCUUGUGCAGCAUGACGGUGAUGUUCCUCCGCUUACAAAUAUCAGGACUGGCGGCUUAAAGUUCUGA